AUGUUCUACAGCCACGAAAUCCUCACCUCGCGUGAGCAUGGCGUUGCCACAGUGUGGCUGGUAGCGACUCUCGGGGCAAAGUCAACUACACGGAAGGUGAACAGGAAGGCAAUAUUAGAAGUGGAUGUGCCCAAGGCGUGUGAUAUGAUUAUUCGGCCGGAUGCUCCUAUGGCAUUGAGACUACAGGGGAACCUUCUGUACGGGGUAUCAAAAGUCUACCACCAGCAAUGCGGGUAUGCGCUUCUCGACGCCGAAGCCACGCGGGAUAGAAUGAAGGCCAUGUUGAGGGUUAUCAACAAGGCUGGGUUGGACCCUGACGCGGGAAAAGCCAGACCUGAUCAAAUCAUGCUCCCACAUGAUCCGGCUUUUAUUCCUGAACUGAUGUUGCCCGGGUUAAACGUUGAUUUAUCAGCUCUAGAUAUGGGAUUGGAAUGGGUAUCACCGCGCAAAUCCAGUCUGGUAUCAAGCAACGUGCCCAAAUCAUCUGCUACCAACUGGUCACCAGCUGCGCAACUGCAGCUGAACCUCUUAUCUUCGGAUAUCGGUGGCUUCCAGGUAGGGGAAGGCCUAGGAUAUAUCAGUGACAUGAGCAGUGCUAGAAAGGAGCCUCAAGUAGAGCUGCCACCCUACUUUGGAGACGAGGCCGGAAUCUUGUUACAACCGGACUUUGAAUUCGAUGGUGAAGGUAACAUCAUCGAGCUGUCUCCGAAGAAAACUGCAGAGCCAAGGGAAAGUGAAGUCCAAGUGAGGGAUGACCGCCUGAGCACUUUGAGAAAUACUGGAGUCGACUUGUUCGUUGAUGAUCAUCAACCUGAUGGGGAUAUUGUCAUGGAUGACAUUGAUGCUGCUCAGAGAGAAGGGAUUGGGAGUCUGCUUGUAUCUGACGGCACGCAGCCACGAGGGCAAGUGACUGAUCCAGACUACUCCAAUGUUCCCCAGGUAUCCCCGGAGACCGGUGAAGUAAAGGUACCCUUUAGAAGGAGAAAACUUCCCAAGAUUUUCGGUAUAGAUGAGCCCGCUGAGCUUCGAAACUCUGAUCUGGCACAGUGGAAUUCAGAGUACGCGGAGAACAUGGCCGCUGCUGCCAGAGCCAAGAUCCAGAACAGGCUUAUCACCAUUGCCAAAAAGAAUGCGGCCUUCUGGGUUCUCGGCUCGGGAAUUGGAGCUGUAGGUACCGGUUUGGGUGCUAGAGCAGUGCUACACCCACUUGCUGCGUUUUCCGGAGACCAGUUACUUGCCUCUUUGACCGGGGCUCCAUGCAAAGAGAGACGACGUGGUAAAAGGAACCACGAGGGGAAGGAUGAGGAUGCUGAUGCAGCUGUGGUUGGUAAGAAAGCUCGUACCAGGCAGGAUGAUGAGCCUGAACUUGGCUUAGACGGGGCUGUAGAAGUGGAUGAAGGCCUCGGCCUUGUAAUUGAGGACAUUGAGGUCGGCAGACAGGCUCCUUCGUCUCUUCGGGAUGACGACCUAUCCAACAUGCCAUGGAACAUCACCGCAUCUAUCAGGAGCAAGAGCUCAGCAUAUUCUCGCCAGAUCUUCGCGAGUGGAGGCGUGUUCUCGAGCAUUGGCGGCCCGCGAUCUGUGGUAAGUCCCGGGCCGGAUGGACUGCCAUCUGCCUCCAACGCAGCAGCCCUAGCAGCCUUUAGACGAGGACGCCUAAGAAGUCAGAGUCCACUCGCUGGUCGCGGUGGAAUGACAGACAUCCACCUGCCAAGUGACCAGGACAUAGGCAUAGACAUGCUCAGUGGCAUUGACGGUGGCGAAGGAGACGGGCAACCGGGGGAACAGCUCGAUCACGAUGAAAGGGGUAGUGUCCAAAGGCCCAAGUGGUUAAACAGUAGCAGCCUCGACCAGGAGACCAUCAAUUUCUACGAGUACCUGCAGACUCGCAUUGAGGAGGAGGAGGAGGAUGAUGAUGAUGAUAAUGAUCGGAAGGUCGGAGGAUGCCAUUCAGGGGUAUCGUUCACCUCGCUUCUUCCCCCCAGAUCGAGCUCCCGUAUCGUCGCGACGCAGGCACUGCUGCACGUCCUGACCCUCGCAACGAACGGAGCACUUCGAGUCCAGCAAGACGUUGCCAGUAGACCAAGGAGUGUUCAAGAUGCAGGGGACAUCAUCCUGAUGCUUGGAUGUUAA